AUGAAUCAUUUAUUUGGAAAUAUUCCCGAGUCCCUUGGUAGCAUUGGAAACCUGCAGGAAUUGUACCUGGCACACAACAACUUGUCAGGGUUAAUCCCAUCAGUUCUACAAAAUUUGACAUCAUUGACUGAAUUGGAUAUAUCCUUCAAUAAUUUGCAAGGCGAGGUGCCAAAUGAAGGUGUUUUUAGAAACAUUACUAACUUAGAUGUUGCUGGGAAUGUCAAUCUGUGUGGUGGUACACCUCAACUUCAUUUGGCUCCAUGUCCCAUUAGCGACUUAAUCAAGAACAAAAGAAAGAUGACAAAGUCUCUUGUGAUGUCUCUAGCGAUAGCUGGAGCAAUCUUGUUCACACUUUCAGUUAUUCUUCUUGGUUGGAUAUCUUGCAAGAAGCUGAAACCAAGCCAGAAGACGUUAGCACAAAAUUCAAUUAAUGGUGAACAUUACAAGAGAAUCCCCUAUAAUGCAUUAUUGAGAGGAACUGAUGAAUUUUCAGAAGCCAACUUGCUUGGGAGAGGAAGUUAUGGUGCAGUUUAUAAGUGUGUUUUGGACACUGAAGAAACAACAUUGGCUGUGAAGGUGUUUAAUCUUGGUCAAUCAAGGCAUGCCAAGAGUUUUGAGGCUGAAUGUGAGGCCAUGAGAAGGAUACGACACCGUUCUCUAAUUAAGAUCAUUACUUCUUGUUCGAGCAUGAACCACGAAGGUCAAGAAUUCAAGGCGUUGGUCUUUGAGUUCAUGCCCAAUGGUAACUUGGAUGGUUGGCUUCAUCCAAAAUCACAACAACCAACAAUAAACAACACACUCAGCCUUGCCCAGAGGCUUGGCAUUGCUUUUGAUAUUGUGGACGCAGUAGAAUAUUUGCACAACUACUGUCAGCCAUUGGUAAUCCACUGUGAUCUCAAGCCAAGCAACAUCCUUCUUGCUGAAGACCUGAGCGCCCGAGUUGGGGACUUUGGCAUAUCAAGGAUCCUUGAAGAAAAUACAAGCGAGGGGAUGCAGACUUCAUAUGGCUCAACAGGACUUAGAGGUUCCAUAGGCUAUGUUGCUCCAGAUUAUGGAGAAGGCUGUGCUGUCUCAACCGCUGGUGAUAUUUAUAGCCUUGGCAUAUUGCUGCUUGAGAUGUUUACGGGAAGAAGCCCAACAGAAGGCACGUUCGGAGAUUCAUUGGGUCUGCAUAAGUGUGUCGAGGAUGCUAUUCCAGAUAGAGCCUUGGAGAUAGCUGACCCGACAAUGUGGUUGCACAACACAAUAACACUACAAGUAUUAGAAUUCAGGAGUUAUUGGUUUCAGUCUUGA